GAAAAGGGGAAGUUAGGUUUGGAGUGGGGCCAUGAUAUGAUGACAGUUUCUGGAGUAAAGGAUGCACACCUCGUCUUUUGGAUUUCACAACCAAGGUCGCCAUCGCUUCUAUAGGAAAUAUUUGGAAGUCUACAUGAGUAAAAUGAAUUGAUGCGAACGAUAAACUCAAAGAAAAAAACUGCUAUUAUAAACGUUUUAGCACGAAACGUUCAGAAUCUGAUUCUUUCGUAGACAAAACCCUGGCACCUAUAUAUAGACUUAAAGCUUUCGUUAACCCAGAGAGCCAGACGCUGUCGAAAAUUUCACCUGUUGAACAGCCAGAGGAAGAAUAGAAACAACACAGGCUGAAGAAGCUUGCUAUACCACCUGUGUUUCGCUGGAUGAAUGAGCGAGCCAGUAUGACAGACAGGGACUCCCGAUCUUAUCGGAGGCGAACGUAGAGUGGGCAGCCUCUACAGUUUUUUCUUUACAUGACAGCAGUGUCAGAGCGGCGGUCACACGAUCCAAUAAGAUUUUGCUAGUCGCUUUAUAUGUCUAGGUAUGGAAGGAAGGUGAUUUAAUUACAAUAUUCUUACCAAUCAGAGUGCUGUGGUCUAGGGCUCUUAUAGGCGACCUUACAAUCACUGACGAUAUCAUAGACCACUGAUCACACUGUUCAUCAAUCAAUCACAUCGGCGCUUAGCAUAGGACACUAGGAAAUUACCUCAUCUCAUUUCUACUUCAUACGCAUGAAAUUAUCAACUUAAGUUUGACAGACAGCAUGGCUUUUAUUUAGUUAUUGGUGAUUGGAUUAUAGAGGUACACUACCGUCUUGUGAUGUCUCAACGAUCAGUAACAAUAGUGAACUGGACUUGUAUCACUGAUGAGUAUGUUUCUAAAAAGGGCUAGCAACUAAUUAUAUACGUAAUUCAACGGAAAAAUUAAAAUUAUUUAUUAACAUUUUACUUAUUUAAUGACUUCAUUACUGCAGAAGUAUAUUAAAGAUCAUUUCUCAAUUUAUGCAUAUAUAAAGGGUAUUUUGUGAUAAUUUUCCCUGAAAGAUUUAAAAACCGUGUAUCAGACGCCGGUAUGUACAGUCCGACGUAUCAACGAUUCUACACAGGAUUAAUCGUGUUCCUUGUUCUAACGGGGCCUUCCCUUCAAUGUGGCCGGGUGGUCGGCAAAAGGAAAAGACCUGCAAAAAUGAUCCCCUUGGUUCACAAACAGGGAGUGCCGAAUUUGUCAGAAAACACCAUAGGAGCUAGCGGACUUAGCGAAGGUGUCAUCACACGAGAUGACCCGAAAUUUAAACAACUUGUCACAAACGAAAACCCCAACAUAAUAUUCAAGGACGAGGAGGGCAACGGUUCUGACCAAAUAAUGUCACAGAGAUGUAAGGAUAAACUGAACACGCUGGCAGUGUCCGUGAUGAACACGUGGCCGAACGUGAAGCUGCGCGUGACAGAAGCUUGGGACGAAGAUGACCACCAUGCCAAGAACUCUCUCCACUACGAGGGUCGGGCUGUAGACAUCACCACCAGCGACAGAGAUCGCACCAAAUAUGGACUGCUGGCCCGGCUGGCGGUUGAGGCUGGAUUUGAUUGGGUGUAUUAUGAAUCACGUGGCCACAUCCAUUGCUCUGUAAAAUCAGAAUCGUCCGCUGCAAUCAAGAUUGGAGGCUGUUUUACGGGGAAAGGAACUGUACAAACGCCCGACAGAGGGCGAGUUUUCGUUUCCGACAUCAAGGUUGGAGACCAAGUUUUGGCCAUGACGAAAGAUGGAACUCUUCAAUUCAGUGACGUCAUCACAUUCCUGGACAGGGACGAAAAGAGAAACGGUUUAUUCUUCACAUUGUUAACAAGCGACGAAAGAACGAUAACUCUCACUGAUAAACAUCUCAUUUACACUUCGCCGUCAAACCAAACAACCUUACAUUCUUUCCAGGCACGAUACGCUGACACUGUUAAAAUAGGGCAUUAUGUUUUAAUUGCCGAAAAUACAGAAGUUAUAAAACCAUCAAAAAUUAUUGACAUAAAAAUAGGUUUACAAGACGGUGUGUACGCGCCCUUGACUGCAGAGGGCAGCAUCGUCGUGGAUGACGUUGUGGCCUCGUGCUACGGUGUGAUCAAUAGUGAACUAAUUGCGCAUGUGGUGUUUGCGCCAACGCGAUUGUUACAUACGAUUUCACAGCACAUAUCAUUACCGUGGACUCAAACGCAUUCUAACGGAACGCAUCGCCAACAGGAAGGUGUGAAUUGGUAUGCAGAUUUCUUGUACACAAUUGGAAAAUACCUUUUAGACAAAGACACACUGUACCUUGUAUAGUUUGGGGAACUGUCAGAGCAACACUAACUACCCGGAAAAAAAUUGUACAUAGCAGUUGACAGCGUCACAUAUACGCUACAAGCAGGAAGUGUCUCGUGCGCAUGACCUACAACUUUGUGUCUGCAACUUCACCAUUACCGUGAGUGCUUGGUCUUUCACCUGAGUAGUCAGUGAACUUACCCAAGUGGUACUUCCCUCACACCAUCUAGUGACAAAACUAAUUGGUACUUCCCUCGCACCAUCUAGUGACAUAACUAAUUGGCACUUCCCUCGCACCAUCUAGUGACAGAACUGGCAUCAAGUAUUUAAACCAUUUCAAACAUACUAUGAUGACUAUCCCAACGUUUGUCAUGGGGGCUUGGUGCAUGUUUUUCGAGGAAUGUUUGUCUUCUGAAAAAAACACAGUAACACAUAGUUUGGCUAGAGACACAAGACAUCGUUUAUUAUUUCACUUUCGUGGAAUUGAUUUCUCCUCUCACACAGACUAGGUGAGAAGGUGACUGUGUAUAUAAAUAUACGUACUGUAAUAAUGUAUAUGUAAUCAUGUGUUCUUACGGUCACGAAAAUGGACUAAGAAGAUAAGGUGCAAAAUAUCUUUCCUGACGACUUGGAAUGGUAGAAUUACUCCCCUUUGAUAGUUUACGGAUCCGGUUCCUGUGGUAUAAUGUUUAUUAUGAUUUGUAAUCGGGAGCUUUCAUACACUGUGACUUAUUAGAAAAGGCCGAAACCUGAAUGAAUGGAUGCUACGUAAAACCGAGGCUGUUCACGUUAUACGAACACUCGCUAUUAUUUCUUUUUUACUUCGUCAAAUAUCGUUGUCAAUAUAAUUGUCCUUUAAUUUAUUUCAUUGCCAGUAGAUACAUUGUUUAUUUAAUAUGUGUUUGUCAUCCAUGAACUACAUACGAUGUAUGUGACUUAAAUUAUUUUUCUAGCAUACUAUGAUCUUUUAUCAGAACAAGGCUUUAAGACUUUGCUGGAUGUUUGUAUAUAAAAUUAUUGUGAUCUUAGAUGUGUCUACUCGCAUUUUGUAAUUAUGAAACACUUGUAUUCAUAUGGAGAUAGCUGUCCACUCAUUCGUGUCGUAUUUGUCCGCACUGUUUUUACAUUAACAUUGUAAUUAUAAAGGAAACAUUGAUGGCGAUUAUUCUGAAAACACUUCCUGUAUAUGUCAUGCUGAAUUUAUCAUUUAAAUUUCGUGAAAUUUUGUUCUUUUUAACUCAAAGAAAUCACACAUAAAUGCCUACUAAAUUCACUUAUUUGAUGAAGCUUUUUGAGUCCUCAUUUUGUGUACUGUUCUUGCUCAGUCACGUGAUUUCCCUUGGCUUUCAUCAUGCUCCUUUGUUGAACACCCUCCCUGUGCGUCAUAUCUCUGCCAGCCCUACCAUUCUCUUGUCAUAACCAUGUUAUUAUCUGACUAGUGAGAAGGUGGUAGAUAUUGUCAAGCCACAGUUAUCCUGUCGGUCCACGUGUAGGAUUGAGAAACAGAAUAUUGAACGCGCCUGUACUUAAGUAACCCACACUAGUAAGGUCUGGUCACCUUUGAACAUUUCAUCGUCAUGAGCCUCGCUGGUCUAUGUAGUCAUGAGACGUGUAUUCAAAUGCAUUCCAUGUUAUUCCAAGGCUAGCAGUUUCUCUAUCAGAUUUUGUUUUCAUUUUUGCUAAUUUUGUGUAACGCCAAUAUACUAUUUCAAUUCCUAUGCCUUAGUUACCUAUAUAAGGAUAACGCAAACAAUCUUACGACAGGCUGAGGUGCAUUUUAUACAUACUACUAUAUUCUAUAGACACAGACAUUGAGCUCUUCAAAAAUUCUGUAUAGGACAAUUUACUAACUAUGUAAUUCUUUUAAACUUACAUUCUACAUUUUUCUAAAACUGCUGCACUACAUUCGAUAAAAACAAAUGUCAGUCUGUCCAUUUAUCUGUUCGUCCUGUUUACUUUACAUGUUCAACGCAUGUUUCCCCUGUCAAAAUUCAUUUCACUUUCGUAUAAAACUUGAAUAUUAACCUUAGCACGUAUUAUUACGUCGCUCGCAAUAUGUUCUUUUUCGUGAUGUCUGAUUUGGUGUAACUUUACUGCAGAUAAAGUGUGUUUCGUUAAGCUGAGCACGUGCGCAUUAUCACCGAUUCAUUUGACGUCAGAGUGAUUGUAGCGCCCCUCAUACAAAUGUAAGUCACAUAUCACAUCAUUUUAUGUGACAGAUACGCGUAUUAGCUUCACGGAUAUUGUAAGUAUUGCUUAAUAUUUGUUAUUUAGCUUUAAAAUGUUUUCGAAACAGAACAUGAUGUUAAAUAAAUAAUGUU